CCGUCCAGUCCAAAGCCAAAACCAAGUCUGCUUCUCUGGCGUUUUAAACUGAAAGACAAAAACGAGUUUUGCAAGAAACAGUUUCUCCCUCAUGGCGAAUUCCGGCGAAGAGAAGAAGGAGAAGAUGAAGCUGUACUCUUACUGGAGAAGCUCGUGCGCCCAUCGCGUUCGAAUCGCUCUCAAUUUGAAAGGGCUUGAUUACGAGUAUGUUCCUGUGAAUUUGCUCAGAGGUGACCAGCACAGCCCAGAGUUCAGGAAGAUCAAUCCGAUGGGCUUCGUGCCAGCACUGGUCGAUGGAGAUGUCGUGGUUUCUGACUCUCUUGCCAUUGUUAUGUACCUGGAAGAGAAGUAUCCCCAACGUCCUCUCUUGCCUCCUGACCUCCACAAACGAGCAAUAAACUAUCAAGUUGAGAGUAUAGUUGUCGUUUUUUUUUCUCUCACGAAUUCGCAGGCAGUGAGUAUUGUUUCGUCGAGCAUUCAGCCUCUCCAAAACCUAACUGUCCUGAAGUUGAUUGAGGAAAAGAUAAACCCAGAGGAGAAAAGUGCGUGGCUUAAUAAUGUCAUCGGCAAAGGAUUUCAAGCUCUGGAGAAGCUGUUGGUGGGUUGCUCUGGGAAGUACGCAACUGGUGAUGAAGUUUUCUUGGCUGACUUGUUUCUAGCACCGCAGAUCCAUGGAGCCAUCACAAGGUUCCAGAUUGAUAUGGGACCAUACCCGACACUGGAGAAGUGUUACGAGGCGUACAAGGGACUGUCCGAAUUCCAAGACGCAGUUCCCGAGAAGCAACCAGAUGCUCCUUCUCUUCCCUAAACCAGGGUUUUGCUUCCAUAAUGAACAAUACUAUUCAACAAAUGGCUUCCUAAUCUCCAAUGUUUAAAGGUUAAUUUCGUAAUUUCUGGUUAUUUUUCUCUGAAAAUAUUUAGUUUCCACGAUUGGGCCUGUGGAAAUCCAUCUCACAAGACCAUUAAAAUCGCUAUGAACACAGAUGCGUGCUUGUAGCAUUAUCAAAAAUAUUCUUACUUUGUUAUUUCUAUUUCAAUGCAUGUCUUUCUCUA